AUGUUUGGUCAGAUAGUCAUCAUUCAUCGACCAGGAGUAGUGGCCUCUAUAUUCAUUGCUGAGGUGUUUGUGAACACAAAUAAUGCUGGUAAGAAGUAUUUCUUUUUAAUUUUUUACAAGGCCGGAUUUUAGUGGAAGUCUAGGGGGCGGGGGUGUGGGGUGGGGAGGUUGGAAAAUAUUUUAGGAGGAAGGUGCAGCUGACCAGCCCAUUUCUGGUAUUUGUAGGGGGCUAAAGUAACAUUGAAAUUUACUCAAAACGUCAUAACGGUCUAUUGUUUUUAUUUUACAGAAAAUGUUCCAGGCAAAGCUGCGAUUUCAAAUACCCAACAUAGAACUUCAAGAUGGCCGGAUAGAGUGAUUGAUUCGGACAUUAAUAGGUAUUGGUUCAUCACUAGAGGUGGCAUAGUACAAGAGAAAACACUAAGAGUAGAAUUGGCUGGAGAAUUCAAUAUUGUCAUGAUUUAUAUUAUCACUGAAGUACUCAUGCAAAUUGAGCUCAAAUUGGGUAAGUUUGACUUCGCAUUUGUUUGGUUGCACGAACAAAAAUUACAGCAGGGAUAGAUCUAUUGUGGGGUGGCAGGGGGUGCCCACCCCCCCCCCCCCACCCUGGUACCACCCAAAAAAUCUGCUUGACCAUACAUUUUUUGCUUUUUGAAUAGCGAUUAGUAGACCAAAAGUCCGAACAAAUUAUGGUGUGCAUACUUUCAACUUUGUUUCAUCUCAAAUAUGGCAAACUAUAGAUCUUGAAAUUAAGUUGUCUAACUCAGUCGCUAUAUUUAAAAAAAAUACACUCAGUCUUUACUUCUUUCACAAAUUUAGUUACAAUAAUAAUAAGAAUUAAGAACCAUUGUAUAUAAAUGCAUAUAAAUCCGUUUCGCUCUAAAUUCAUAAAUUAAUAUUAGUUAUAGGCAGUGAUCAACUCGAAAGCUUCAGAUAGAAUCUGGCUACUUUGAUCACUGCGCACGAUAAUUUACUUGUAAUCAUUGUACCUUAAUUUCCUUUUUUGUGUAAGUUGUGUAGUAACUGUGUAUCUGUUGUAUUAAUAUGUAUGCAUGUAUAAUUGUGCAAAUUUUGAAUAAAGUCUAAAAGUCUACUGUUAGUGCGUGUCGAUUUUAUGAAAUAAUUCAUUGAUUCGUGAGCUCACGAGAAAAUACUCAGAAUGACAUGAAUUGUUUGCCUUAAUUUUACUGCUUUAGUAGAAAGCACCCUUCAAGUGAUGAAGAAUGGUGGUUACAGUUUUUUCAUAUCCCAUCUCAAUCCAGAGUUAUUACAGUUCUCGAAGACGAAGUAUAGGACCCAUUGCACAAAGAAACAUGAUACAUAAUUGCCAAACAGCUACAAUUUGGUUAACCUUUCCAAAUUUUCUUCCAUUUUCGCCUUGUUUUCUUUUUAUUUCCCAAGACAUCUUUUAUCUUCUAUUUUCUUUAUAAUUUAAAUGGGAUCUAAGUUGUUAAUGUGAUCUGAUGGUAGAAUGUAUAUGAUAGAUGUAUUUCAACCUUGUCCUUGUAAUUGGACAGUCUAAAUUUUUUAAAUAAAUCAUAAAUCAAAUUUAUCUCAACAGGAUUAAGCGAAGAUUUCACACUGCAAAAACACUGUAUUCCUGGUUUACACGACUUGACACUCUUCGCUGGAUACCACUUCUUCUGUGUGGAAAGAACAUUGACCAAGUACAUUCAUAUACAUCAAUAUGACAAGGAACGUCAGAUGCAGAUGUCUGAAAUUCUUGCUUUUGAAAAAACUAAACGUAAGUGCCUAGCGCACAUAUCAGAUGAAAUAGCGCGACCUAUCUCAGUCAAGCAAUAUAUACCUCCGCCAUGAUACGUUUAUGGUUAGGGUUGGGACCGAAGAGAAAUGUUUUUUCUUGGUAAACAUUUUGCUGAUCCAACCAUUAAAAAGUAAGAAAAUGUUUUACUCAACCUCAAAUAUCAACUAAAAAAUCCCUCCCUCCCGCGAACCAAAAAUUUUACAAAAAGGAUACCAUUCAGUUGUCACACAUGUCCUUUACCACUUCUGUGACAUGAGUUUGAUAACAGCUUUUGCAAUUUUCUGCAGUCUAAAGUUUCAUGUUGUCUUUCACAUGUACUUUCUUUGGAGACAUCAUUUGCCUCCUGAAAAGUCUGAAAAUGAUCAAGAUAGUGACUCUGAUUGAUUGAUUGAUUUACAUAUUUGUAUUGACAUAUGACUGUUGACAUUGCUUUUUAGUCUUCCAACCCUUUUCUCUUCGGUUCCUCCCAUAGGUCUCACUCAAACGAAGGUGAGAGUUGAAGAGAGUUUGCACGUGAGUUUGCACGAAAGUCACCUCUCAUGACCCACAGCGAAAAACAGUGUUUGUGUGCACAUGACGUCACAGCCGCCAUGUUGGUGUUCCAAUUCAAAAGAAUUUUAAAUAGACUCUUUUGUCUGGAACACAAAUAUGGCCGCCAUGGCUUUGUUGAGUUGGUCCCUGGGGAAUGAGUGCAAACACUCUAUAUUAUUGAGGGUCGGCAAAUAUGAAAACAUUUGGGGAAACACCAUUUCCACAACAUUUUCUUUUCAUGACCAAAACGAGAACAAAGGUUGCAUGAGAGUUGACUGGUUAUAACGUCUAUCUUCCGUCAGCCCUAUUUCAAUUCUCAUGCAACACUUGUUCUCAUCAUUUGACCGGGGCAUGAGAAUUGAGAAAACUCUCAUGCAAACUUUCGCUUUUCAACUCUCACUUUCGUUUGACCAAGAUUUGAUAUCCAGUCGAUCAACUUUCAUCAACUCUCAUGCAACUGUUGCUCUAGCUCGUUUGACCGGGGCAUGAGAGAUGAGAAAAUUCGCAUGUAAACUCUGGCUUCUCAACUCUCAUUUUUGUUUGACCAAGGUUUUAUAUCCAGUCAACUCUCAUUAUUGUCAAUGCAAUAGAAGUGUUGAUAAAACAUUGCAUGAAUUCAUUUCCUCAAGUUGAUCAAUACAUACGAAUUCAAAUUUCUUUUCACUUCUUGUGCGUUCGUAUUGGUCAAUCGGUUCUGAAACGAAAUCUAAUUGGCUGAUCUAAAUUCUAAAAAGUAACAGGAAGUUGAUAAAUUUUCUAUCAAAUGAAUUGAUCAACUUGAGGAAAGGAAUUGGUGCAAUAUUUUAUCAACACUUCAAUUGCAUCGACAGUAAUUCUCGUGUAACUCUUGUUCUCGUUUGACCAGGGCACGAGAGUUGAGGUAACUCUCAUGCAAACUCUCGCUUCUCAACUCUCGCCAACGUUUGAGCGGGCCUAACGAUUAUCAAUUAUCUUUUCGCUGUAAUCGACUACAAUAGAAACAAUAAAUACGUCUGGGUUGAAGAGUACAAAGACGUGACACUGUCAUGUGACAUCAAUGGCUAUCCUGCCCCCGUGUUCUCAUGGGUAAAAAAUAAGACGGUGGUCGCUACUGGUUCACGUAGCUUGACAUUACUUCAUGUAAAGCAAAAUGAAAGCUGUACUUACGAAUGUUGGGGAAAUAACACUCUUGGUUACAAUGCAAUGCUAGUGAAGCUCAGAGUCGCCAGUAAGUAACAUUGAAUUGAAUAUAAAUGGAACGCUACCUCCAACCGAAAAUUUGAGUCAGCACUUGUUUCCAUCUACCAAACUACCGUGACGUCAUUUUCGGAAGAUGGUGUUAAAUGGUUAUGUAACUAACCCAAACUCUACCCCUACUCUAACCCCUAACCGGAACUCUAACCCUAACCCUAAUCAAAUUAAUAAAAAAUCCAAAAAGAAACAACUUUAGAAAUUGUUCAAAUGACGUAAUGUCAGUUUGGUAGAUGGAAACAAGUGAAAACCGAAAAUUUGAGGCCAAAUUUGAAGACUAGUCCCAAUCUUUUUAUGCAUGCAAAGAACUCGGUCAAUCCGCCAACAUGAAUAUGUAUUCUUGAAAACCGGAUUAAAAAUUACAAAAAAGCUUUUUAACAGCGCUCAAAGCUUUUUAUUAAGCCAUUGAGCCGCAAUGCGCCCCAGUGCGCCCUACUUAUUUUUUGUUACUUGUCUAACGCCAGACGAUCUUACUCGUCAACAGGAAAGCUCCGCAGCUUAAUGGGUUAAUGCAUUUAUUCAGAUAAAACUUCCCUGUACUAAGACUUUACUUUUAGUUUUUUCUAUUAAUUUUGUAUUGAAAGAGCAUACAUAAAAACGCGUAUCUUGAUCAAUUUGUCAACAAUCAAGUUUUGAGUGACAACUUUGAUAAAAUAACAGCAUUGUCACAUAGUCUAUUAAUGUAUGAUAGUCUGGAAUCCCCGCAAACUUCAAAGUCACAAAAUAGAUGGCUUUUGCCAAACAUGAUUUUGAACUGUUGUACCUCACUGUGCACAAGUCCUUUGUCUCAAAUUCAUUAAAUAUUAUUUAUCGUAGUUGCACGUUUCAUCUCAGCUACCCCAAAUUAACAUAAACUCCGACAAAAACAUAAUACGGUGACUUCUGUUCAGUUUCCAGACCAUCAAAUCUCGAUAGACUAUGAUUGUUGCAACUUGUUGAUAAGCUUGCUAUAAGCCUGUUGCGAACACAUCUUGUUGAGAAGUUGUGAGAUUUUUACGUGUGUAGUUGACAAUAUUUUUAUAUUUCUGAACCCAGGCAAGUGGCGUAUCUGUGCCGAUCACACAGAAAUGAAAUUUGAUUUGAAAACAACAACUGUGGUUGAAGAUUUUGAAAUCCGAGGCAACCAAUGGUAUAGUUUAUACGAUGAGAAACAAAUGAAAUAUCUUCAGGUAAAUAUCAUGAAGUAAUUGUUGGGUAUUUAGCAGGGGCGAAUCUAGCCUCAUCUGCAAGAAGGGGUGCAGGUUUUCCAUGAGGUGAUGCACGAGCCUUUCUGCCCACUCUCCUCUGCAGUCUGCAACCCUACUAUCCCAACAUUGCCAUUAUUUGAGAUGGCCGAAUCUGUAUGUUCGCCGUUCUGUUACGUUUCACAUUAUCGUUUGGUUAUAAAGUUUAUCACGUAUGCGUGACUGGACAGUUGCUGCAGCGCAGUAUAUUAAAUGUGCUUGUUCAAGUACGGUAUAUUUGAAAGUAUGGCGGUAUAACAACCUCGACAUAUUUAACCAUGAUAUUUAAUAACUACAGCAUUCUGAGAAUUUUCUCGUGAGCUCACAAAUUAAUUAAAUCGCUUCAAGAAAUCGACACGCGCAGCUAACGGCAGAAGUUCCGCUAAUCGCUUUUAGAAAAGCAGAAAAUGUGCGGUCAAGCAGAUUAAAGGGCAGAGAAUGUGCAGGCAAGCAGAUUAAGUGGCAGAAAAUGUGCGGUCAAGCAGAUUAAUUAAAUGGCAGAAAAUGUGCGGUCAAGCAGAUUAAAGGGCAGAAAAUGCGCGGUCAAGCAGAUUGAAGGGUAGAAAAUGUGCGGUCAAGCAGAUUAAAGGGCAGAGAAUGUGCAGGCAAGCAGAUUAAGUGGCAGAAAAUGUGCGGUCAAGCAGAUUAAUUAAAUGGCAGAAAAUGUGCGGUCAAGCAGAUUAAAGGGCAGAAAAUGCGCGGUCAAGCAGAUUGAAGGGUAGAAAAUGUGCGGUCAAGCAGAUUAAAGGGCAGAAAUGUGCGGUCAAGCAGAUUAAAGGGCAGAAAUGUGCGGUAAAGCGGAUUAAAAGGUAGAAAAUGUGCAGUCAAGCAGAUUAAAGGGAAGAAAUGUGCGGUCAAGCAGAUUAAAGGGAAGAAAUGUGCGGUCAAGCAGAUUAAAGGGCAGAAAUGUGCGGUAAAGCGGAUUAAAGGGCAGAAAUGUGCGGUCAAGCGGAUUAAAGGGCAGAAAAUGUGCGGUCAAGCAGAUUAAAGGGCAGAAAUGUGCGGUCAAGCAGAUUAAAGGGCAGAAAUGUGCGGUAAAGCGGAUUAAAGGGCAGAAAUGUGCGGUCAAGCGGAUUAGUAGAAAAUGUGCGGUCAAGCAGAUUAAAGGGCAGAAAUGUGCGGUCAAGCAGAUUAAAGGGCAGAAAUGUGCGGUCAAGCGGAUUAAAGGGCAGAAAUGUGCGGUAAAGCGGAUUAAAGGGCAGAAAUGUGCGGUCAAGCGGAUUAUAUUGGCUAACCGAAUAAACAUCCGAUUUUGCAGAUGAAAAUUUCGAGUGUUAAUUUUAUGCAAUUAUUAGACCUGACCAGGAGCUGUUACAAAAAAUGCAACUCUAAAUCACGUAACUACGACGAAAAUAACUUCCACCUUAUUAUAAAACAUAAUCAAGAUUACUAUAAAAACUCGUGCUUCGUUAUAUAAAAGCAAAACUUUGAAACAGUAUACCUACGAUGUUCUGCCCAGUCGGCCCUGCAAUUCUGCUGUAGCGCUCUAACCAAGUGAGCUACAGAGGCGACAGUCAUGUCGAACUUUAACUGCAAGGCCAUGUUAUCAUAUUAAGGGAUGCCUGUGUAAAGUGUAUGGGUAAAUAUCAAGAGCUUGGACAUCUCAAAUUUACUCUCCAAAUUUCAUUCCAUACAAACUCUUCAACAUGUAGUCCCAUACAUCUUUUGAUAUUUUUAGUUCAGAGAAAAAGCACCCAAGCCUACCGCUUCAUGUCAACUGUGGUUGAAGAGAAAACAUCCAAAACUCCAAGACGGUAUCGUUAGUGGAAUAUUAUGUUUAAGGAAUACUACUCACGACUGUGCGGCGACAUUUGACGUCGAUAUCCGAAGAUGCACCGCGUAUUAUAUUUAUCAUUUUGCAAGUCUUCGUAGCACAACCAAAUACAAAUUUUGUUUUGAACCUGGUGAGUUUCUGCUGUUAAAAUAUAGGAUUUAGGUGGAUUUGGUGGUGACCUAUAUAGUUACUGUGCAGCAAAAAUACCCUCGAUCAUGCUUAAAUGAGAUGAGCCCCGAUCUGUUGUUGAGAAAUUAUGACAAACACCGGUUUGUAUGGCUUGUGAUGCCAAGUGGACUUUGUUGAUUUGUUGUAUCUUAACUUAAAUAUGCUCUGGUUUUCCAUUGAGCACUUUGGCAAGUUAGUUUUUGCCGACCUAACAUGACAGUAAGUCAGAAUUAGGUCGGUAGUUGCCGACUACCGAUCCCAAUUCGAAGACCUGAAAACUUAUUCAAAAUAUACUUCUAUAUCAAAGUAUAAUUAUUAUUUCAAUUUCAGCCGCAAUAAGCACGAAUGGCCAACACCCAGCAAUUUCAUCCGCAGUACCAAACUACGCUUUAUCUGACAAGAUUUUCCAAACCGAAACCGAAGUCGCUAAAUCCUAUCAAUGCUUGGUUAUGUGUCAACUUGACACGCGAUGCAAGUCUUUCAAUUUUUCCCAGAAAGAGAAGAUAUGCGAAAUGAAUACAGCCACAAAGAAAGAAUUUCCACGAAGUUAUGGUCCAAGAAAUAACUACAGUUACUAUCAUCUGAGCAGUGGUAUUAUCAAGGUCGCUCGUCGUAGGAAUGAAUUGUGA